AUGUCUCAAGCCGCGGGACCAUCCCGCACUACAAAAACCGGCCUGAACGAGCUUUGGAAUGAUGCUAUAAAAAAGUUCCACAAAUCGGUCGCCAAGUCCGACCUCAACAAACAUGAGGCGCGUGCACUCAAGGAUACGAUUGAAGAGUUGAGAAGGGAAGCCAGCGAGGCUGGUUCAAGUUUCAACAGCUCCGACCAGAACAAGUUCUUCUCUAUCAAUAGCGAGAGCUUCAUUCAACGGCUCAGCGUCAUACUCGAAAUUGGCGACAAAGUGAUGUCCGCUGCCCCUAGUGAGAUUGCUUCUCUGGUCUGGAUGGGAGUGAGCCUUGUUGGAAGGAUCUUUGUUGAAGGAGAGAAAUACACAAAACGUAUGGAAGAUGGCACACACAAAAUGAUCGAGGUCGUGCUUAUCUGCGAAGUGUAUGCCCGAAGGCAUGUCCAAGGACAUGUCGAGGAUGAGUUUGAAGACACAACGCAAUCGACACACAAUCUCAUUACGGACCUGCUUUCCCAGGUUUUGGAAUUCUUUCAUAUCAUGACAAAGCACUUUGAGAGCAAGGAUGGACGAAGAAGAUCUCGGAUCCUGACAUUCCCCAAGGCCUACUUCAGCACAAAAUGUCAGAAGCUUCUCGACAUCUCUGAUGAAGCCAUGAAAACGGUAAACAGUUUGCAGCGUACGGCAACAAUCAACUUCGAGGCUGCAACACUCAAGCUCUUGCGCAACGUACGUUUGAGGCCAGAGAAACUUCGCAAACUUGAACAAAUGACGAUUGGUAUCUGCAAAUCGAUCGAAAUCAGAUUUGGAAAAAUUCAAGGCGAUGUAUCUGAGCUUACCAUCACCCGAAAAUCCACCGCUAUUGAGGAGAAAUUGAAAUCGUGGGGCAUUGAAGAUACUGAUAUUCAAAUCCGCAAAUACCACGAAAAGAUUGAGCAGCGCUACAAGAGUUCUUGUCGGUGGAUUUUCGAUCAGAGAAAAUAUCAGUCGUGGAAAUCAAAAGAGCGUGGAAUCCUAUGGCUCUCAGGUGGAGGAGGGGUUGGCAAAUCGACCCUGAUGUCGACGGUGGUAGAAAGCUUUGUCAAAGAGACGAAGAGCCAAGCCACGGCCACAACUGGAGAUAACGCUAUAAUCCUCCAUUUCUUCUGUAGAUUGGGCAACCAAAACUCAGAAAUCGCCUGGCGGAUCAUGCUUUACCUAUGCGUACAGCUCUUCGAAAAGGCGACAGACUCAAUUUCCGGGAACACUCCGCUUGACUUACGGUCAGACUGCAAUGACGCCGCGGAGGAGUUCAUUCAAGAACAUUUUCCUUCAAGCUUGGAAAUAUCCACACUUCAUUCAUUCUUUGCAAAACUGGAAGGAAUUCUCAACAGACCGAUCCUUAUUGUCGUCGACGCCCUGGACGAAUGCACCCAAGAAGAGCAAUUGCUGAGAGCUCUUGAAUCAAUUUCUACAUCAAAAAUGAAGGUUCGCGUCAUCGCCUCUAGCCGGAACCAGCCACCCUUGAGAAUCGAACACAUUCAGAUCGACACACCAGGACAGACAGCAAAAACAUAUGCAGAUGUUAAAGCAUUUGUCUCUGGAUCACUCAAGGACUUUGACGACGAAUGGAAUGUGGAAGGAGCGAUCAUCUCGAAGGCGCAAGGCAUGUUCAAAUAUGCAAGAAUUGCUAUUGAUAGCCUCAUCAACGUCCCAGAAGGUGUCUUCACGGAUCUUGAAGCCUUUUCCAGAGAUCUUCCUAAUGGUAUUAAUGGACUCUACCAACGUAAGAUCAAUGAUCUGUCAGCCGAUGGCCGUAGGGUACUCAUCACUGCACUUCGUUGGUUGGUGUGUGGUGGCGACAAGAUACAGCUCCUUCCGAUUGCAGAUGAACUUUGCAACACCUACAAAUCGAAAAAGGCUACCAAAUCUGGCGGACAGCUGGCUCUUCGGAGCCGUGGCAGCACUGAGGAAGUUGAAGCAAAGCAGGUUGAGCGAUUUGCAAAUGGUUUCAAAGAUGUUGGACGAGAUUUCCUGCGAGUGAACGGCACCACGCUUCAUUUGGAGCACAAUUCGAUUCGAGACUUCGUCAACUCAUACGACAGACUGAAGUUUCAAGCUGACACCCAGGAUGAAAUAGCGUCGGCUAUCGCUGAAGCAGGGGAGAAAGAAGGUCACUCGCUAAUGGCAGAGCACAUCCUCAAAACCUUGAAUUCUCAAGGAUUCCAGGACAGAUUCCUUUCCCGUAAAGCCGUCGACAAGUACAAAGACACUACGAGAAGGUCCAUAAAAGCCGUUCAAUUGCGGUAUGAGAUUGUCAAUUGGCAGAGACAUGUACGCCAGGCGGAAGACCACCGCGCAAGGUAUGAGGGCCGAUGGAACACGAUCCUAUGCGAGGCGAAACGGUUUCUUUCAUCCACCGGGGAUUCUAACAAUGCCUACAUCAACUGGCUCAAGUUGAAAAGCACACCUGAUGAUGACCGUAGUGGAGACUCCCCUCUACAUGUAGCUGCUCGAUAUGGUCUUGUCAGCCUCAUGGAGAUGUUCACCAGCGAUGAUCUCCGAAAUAAGGGAAACAACAACGGAGUAAGUUCCCCAAAUAACAGAAAAGGAAAACCGUAG